GAUUUUUGCGUGAGUACCAUAAACGAAAAAAAGUUAAGAACAUCUAUUCAUCGAUGGCUAAAAUAGGCAAAGGAAUUCAAAUCCCAUUAUCAUGGAUACCAGUGAAAGAUGGACAUAUUCCUUCAAAUGCUAUUAGUAUUGAUGAAGGAAUUAGUGUAGUUCGUUGUAAACAUGAUAAUAAUCAUUGGGAACCCGGGAAAGUUGUACAUCGAUAUAAAACAUGUUAUUAUCCAUAUGGUGGAGAAGAGAAGAGUUCAAGUGAAUAUGAAGUUUUAUGUGAUACUUCAGUUUCAGGACAGAGAGGAUAUGAAUGGGAACAUGCAUCAUGUGGUAAUGUACCGAAGAAUGCAAUUGUUGCUGGACUGGUAGACAAUGAACCAUUGUAUAUAGCUAAAGGUAGUAUUAACGGUGAACCAUGCGUUGGAAAAGUACAUCAUGGUCAUCAAUGUGCAUAUUUACCAUGGGGUGGUAAAGAACACUCAGUGCAAGACUAUCAAGUUCUAGUUUGGAAAAAGAAGUGAACAUGAUUUUGGUCGAGUUCUUUUCCCUAAUUCCUACAAUUGUUCAACAGUUUUUAUCAAAAGAAACCAUACAUUGAAUGAAUGAAUGAAAGCGUGUUACUUUUUACUUUUUCAAUGAAACUGUUUAAAUAUUGUUAUCCUAAUAAAAAUAUCCU